AUGGCGAAGUUUUCGCUCGAGGACUUUGAUAAACACAUCGAGAAUCUACGCGCGCAACUCCUGUUUCUCAAUGAGACGCUCGAUGCGACGGAUCACAAUGCCCCCGACUGGCUAGCUACGGACUUGAUCUCGCUGCGAAACAAGUCGGGAAGAUUACAGGACGACAUGAAGAGAUUUAGAGACCAGCUCGAGGACGAAGGUCUAGCGGAAAAGAAGAAGGUCAAGACUUCCAACAAACGUCUUAGUAUCGAGGGCGCGAAACAUGCCUCUACUACACCGACUGCGCAAGCCCCGAACUCCAACCCGCAUGCCAUAUCUCCUCUCGUGGAUCAAUCGCCCACUCCACGCGCAAAGCGAGCCAGAAUCGAAGACGACUACGUUGUUCAACAUGUCGAUGUCACCGAGGAAGUGAAUAGGCGGUUACAAGAGAGCCGUUUGCGGCGCCUGAUGCAGACGCCGAGCACUGCGCAGAAGCGGAAAUUCGAUGCAUACGAGGAUGGACCCAGAUCAGACGGGCCGGCUGGGACAGAUGAAGAAGGGCAAAGAGGUGGACAAAGUGGGAGCGAAAUCGACUGGGCGCACACAUACUCCAAGAUGGCGACACCGAACCCCGUCCAAAAUAUGCCCAUCCCACCAGAAGAGCGCCUCGCUCUCGAACAACAAGCCCGAUACCAGCGCAUAACACGUAACCUAGCCAUCGGCGGCCUCGUAAUAUGUCCAAUAAUAGCCAUACUCCCACCACGAAAACUAGACCUCUAUACAUUCUCUCUAGGCAUCGGCUUCUACCUCUCCGCCGAUCAUCUCAUCACACUACGAACAGGCCGCGGCCUCGUACAAAACCUCAGUCCAGUGCGAGCCAUGGACCUACCGACCGAACGCGCAAAGGAGAUGCAGAAGAUAUUGCAAGAGGAAAGGGAAAAGAGUCGGAGGACACUGGAGCGGAAGGAAGGGCAAGAAAAGGGUAUACUUGGGAAGCUGUGGAUGGGUGAUGAGGAGGAGGGUUGGAAGGAGCGGCGAUUGGAGGAAGAAAAGAAAGCCAUUGAAGAAGGAAAGAGUUAUGGUGAUAUGAUAUUUGAACAGAUCUGGGAGGUUUGGAACUGGGACAAGAAGAAGGGAAACGACGGCGAGAACAAGAAGGAGUGA